UGUUAACAGAAACCUUGCAGCCAAAACAGUGCCAUUUGACAAAGAACCUUCUUCGAGAGUAGGAGGUGCGGCUCUUCAGCAGCCACUUGCCAUUCAGUCAAUUUUUUCCGACCAAACUGUCGAAAAUGGCAAAGGCUCUCUUUCUGGUGGCAUCUCUGCUAGCUUUGGGAAAUGUUUUCUUUAUCCAUGCUGCGUUUCCCCCCAGCCUCAUUGUUGAUAUGGCAAAAACUGUCAUGGACAAUUACUGCUCGCCGGAGAAGCUGGUAGGGAUGAAGGAGGCAAUCGAAGCUGCCGGCAGCAACACAGAGGUUCUCAACAUCCCAGACGCUGAAUCCUUGGCCAAAGUCCUCAGCUCUGGAGUCCAGACCACGGUCAGUGACCCACGUCUGCAGAUCUCAUAUGAGCCGCACUACGUGUCCGUGGUUCCCCCGAAGAUGCCUCCCUUGCCCCCUGAGCAGCUCAUUGCUGUCCUCCAGACCUCCAUCAAGCUCGACAUCCUGGAGGGGAACAUUGGCUACAUGAGGAUUGACCACAUCCUUGGGGAGGAGGUCGCUGACAAGGUUGGCCCAUUGCUCCUAGAUCUGGUCUGGAAUAAAAUCCUACCAACAUCAGCUCUGAUCUUUGACUUGCGGUACACUGGCAGUGGGGACGUCUCAGGUAUCCCCUACAUAGUGUCUUACUUCAUCGAAGCCGAGCCUGUGAUCCACAUUGACAGCAUAUAUGACCGUCCCUCAAACACCACCACCAAGCUGUUUUCUAUGUCCACCCUGCUGGGGGAGAGAUACGGCAUCGCCAAACCCCUCAUUAUUCUCACCAGCAAAAACACCAAGGGCAUCGCCGAGGAUGUUGCCUACUGCCUCAAGAACCUGAAGAGGGCCACCAUUGUGGGCGAGAAGACUGCUGGGGGCUCAGUGAAAGUCGAUAAAAUCAAAGUGGGCGACACCGACUUCUACGUUACACUGCCAACUGCAAAGUCCGUCAAUCCCAUCACUGGCUCCAGCUGGGAGGUUACAGGUGUGACACCUGAUGUGGAGGUCAUCGCCGAGGAUGCCCUUGCUACUGCCAUCAAGAUUGUCAACCUCCGUGCCCAAGUUCCAGCCAUCAUUGAGGGAUCAGCGACCCUGAUUGCUGACAACUACGCCUUUGAGGAUAUCGGAGCUAAUGUUGCAGAGAAGUUGAAAGAGCUCCAGGCAAAGGGCGAGUACAGCAUGGUUGUCUCCAAGAGCAAUCUGGAGGCAAAGCUGUCUGCUGACCUGAAGACCCUUUCUGGGGACAAGAGCCUGAAGACCGCCAGCAAUACCCCAGCCCUGCCACCCAUGGAUUAUUCUCCUGAGAUGUUCAUUGAGCUGAUCAAAGUCUCCUUCCACACUGACGUGUUUGAGAACAAUAUCGGCUACCUGCGUUUUGACAUGUUUGGAGACUUUGAGGAGGUCAAGGCCAUUGCUCAGAUUAUUGUUGAGCACGUCUGGAAUAAAGUUGUUGGCACUGAUGCCAUGAUCAUCGACCUCAGGAACAACCUUGGUGGCCCAACAACAGCCAUCGCAGGCUUCUGCUCUUAUUUCUUUGAUGCCGACAAGCAGAUUGUGCUGGACAAGCUGUACGACAGACCAUCAGGCACCACCACAGAGCUCCUAACCUUACCUGAACUUACUGGUACAAGGUACGGCUCCAAGAAGAGCCUGAUCAUCCUGACCAGUGGAGCGACUGCCGGUGCUGCAGAGGAGUUCGUUUACAUCAUGAAGAAGCUCGGCCGCGCUAUGAUCGUUGGAGAGACUACCGCCGGCAGUUCCCACCCACCCAAGACCUUCCAAGUUGGCGAGACCGAGGUCUUCCUCAGCAUCCCCACCAUCCACUCUGACACUGCUGCCGGGCCAGCAUGGGAGGGAGCUGGCAUCGCACCUCACAUACCCGUCCCAGCUGACGCUGCCCUGGAGACCGCCAAGGGCAUCUUCAACAAGCACUUCGCAGGCCAGAAGUAAACCACGUCCUGAACUGGGGUUUCAACUGUUACUUUUGCUUUGGCAGCCAGAUGCUUCAAGAUUUAGGAUCUAGACUCAUUUAAGAAGUGAAGAAUGUAGGUUAGCACAAAGUGUAAUCUGUUGUUCAUUUUCUCAAUAAAUAAGCCUUUUUAGUCUGUUUGUAAUGUGGAGCAAAGGUUGACCAGGAUUUACUUCUUCUUCUGUUGAAUGUUACUCUGGCUAUCAAAGGUUUUCAGAAUGAAUGGCAGUGCUGAGUGAGUGAGUCCUUUGUGAAGCGGGUAUGUAUAAGUCAGAGGUUGAGAACGUUGAGAAGUCAUGCAAAAGAGAAGAAACAAGUUAAGUAAACACACAAAAAUGUUUUCAAACUAAGUUUGCUGUUCAUUUGUUAUGUUGGAUAUUUGGAAUUCGGACCUCUGUAAAGUAGGCCACUUGAUACUCUGGUAAGAAAAUCAUCAUGUGAUGUCCUUAUUGCGUAUGGGAAAUGCUGUAUAUCCAUUAUGCAGAGAGCGUCAUGCCAUGUAGACCUACUUGGGUUGUAUCAAUUCCAGUGGUGAGACACAAUAAAAAAGAAAAUUGGAAUACAAAACAAAAGUGCGUGUUGAUCAUAUUUUACAAAGGAGGUAUCACACAAAAAAUACAAAAGACAUAUUAUGAGUUUAUAAUGAAUCACCUCUACAGAGAAGU